GAACUGUCAAAAUAAAAGAGAGGAAAAAAGCAAAACGCCACCCAUCGAAACGAAAAGAAGCAAAAGAGUGUUGCUUUCAUCUUGCUUGCUGUCGUCGCGCAUCCGUUUUUAAAUUGAUUAAUAUUUCGUUCGGCCUUCACAAAUCGGGUGUUUGCAAGUGGCAAAACUGUCGCGUAAUCCCGUCGGUGACGAGAACAGGUUUCCGGGCGUUGGGCGUUGCAUGUGGUGCAGUGUGAUCCGGAAGGGCGAUUAUUGGAACCAGCGCACCAGUUUCGGCCGGCAGGAUUUUGUUCCAGACACUUCCGAUGGCGUAACAAGGAGUGACCCAUUAGAUUUUUGAUUGGGGAAGCUUUUUGCAGUGUUUUUCCUAAGUGCUGAUUGACAGCAACUCCGAGGAUUCAUAGGUUCGAAUUGGGAGCGGUAUAGCGGUCUUACAUUGAUAGUAUUGCAUCCGAUUUUACUGCAUCCGGGCAUACCCAAAUCGGAAGGCUCCCCCUAAAGGGCCAACGGCACAAUGUCUUCCUUCGAUGUACACGACCGUGCCGCGUGGUACUUCGGUCCCAUGUCCCGCCAGGACGCAACCGACCUGCUGAUGAACGAACGCGAAAGUGGAGUAUUUCUGGUGCGCGAUAGCACAACCAUUGUCGGAGAUUUCGUUCUGUGUGUCCGCGAGGACUCCAAAGUCAGCCAUUAUAUCAUCAACAAAAUCCACUCGGCCGAUGAUUGUUCAAUGUUUCGGAUUGGCGACCAGACGUUCAGUGACUUUCCCGAUCUGCUGACGUUCUACAAAUUGCACUAUCUGGACACGACGCCCCUACGAAGGCCGGCCAUCAGACGGUAUGAGAAAGUGAUAGGCAAGUUCGAUUUUGAUGGUAGCGAUCCGGACGAUUUGCCAUUCAGGAAAGGUGAAAUUCUCGAAAUCGUUAACAAGGAUGAAGAACAGUGGUGGACUGCGAAGAAUUCCAAGGGACAAACCGGACAAAUUCCCGUUCCAUACGUAACGCGGUACGAGGAGAACAUUCUCGAGAGGCCACCAAAUGCAACCGGAGCAGGAAAUCACCAUCAUCCUCCGCCGCCGCCGCCGGUUGGAUUGCACCAUUCGGAAAACUCCAACGUAUUCAAAUCGAACCUCAACCGACAGUUGCCUGCGUUGGCCCGGGUGAAACAGGAACGGGUUCCGAAUGCGUACGACGAAACGGCCCUCAAGCUGAACGUCGGCGAUGUGAUCAAGGUGAUCAAAACCAACAUCAACGGCCAGUGGGAGGGCGAACUGCGCGGCAAGGUAGGUCACUUCCCCUUUACCCAUGUCGAGUUUAUCGAUGACGACGUUCAACACUGGGGCGGACAUUAAGUGGGCGGGAUUAGGAUCGAUUAUUUUCUCUUAUUUUAAUUUCAUUGUGAAGAAAUAUUAUUUAAUUGUACAGAUUAUUUUACGCAUAAGGAUGUACGUUUCGAGUCAUUUUUACAUAUACGUUUAUGUUUAGUGGUAUUACAACGUAGGCAGCCGUAUUUCAGGAUGAUAUUUAGUUGGUAGGUGUGUAUUAUAUAGAGAGAAAAGCAAAAAAAACAGUGUAUUAAGUCAGCAACAAAUUCAUUCUAAAGUGACAAGAUUGUGAAGCAUCCAAUUUACAUGAAGACAAGUGAAAAAAAGCCAAUAAAUAGCAACCAUAGACGAAAACA